AUGACCGCCGCUUGGGAUUACUACGUCUCCAGCAACCAGUUUCUCACCGAACUCCGCGGCCUCACCCGGGACUAUCCCAUCUGCUCGGCCAUCAUCUACGCCGCCGAGAUGAGGGUGCGCAGCGACCCGGACUCGAAUCGUAGCUGGAACCUCGCCUGGCUCCUCUUGAGAAAGAUGAUUAGCGAUGAUCUCGUUGCCAGCUAUGCGUCCAUUGAGGCGGCCAAGCCCGAAAUGUGGGGAGAUAUGAAUCCUACCGAUGACGAAAUCCAACAACUUGCCGCCUGCUUCGAGUACGAGUGGAAUCGCGCAGUCACCACCAUGCUGCGUCACUGGGCCGCGUCCCCGCGGUGGUGUUAA